UGCCGUGUGUGCGCCAAGCAGCUGGGCGAGCUCUGCACCGAGCGCGACCCCUGCGACCACCACAAGGGUCUCUUCUGCGACUUCGGCUCCCCCGCCAACCGCCGCAUCGGCGUCUGCACCGCUCGGGACGGCGCUCCGUGCGUCUUCGGCGGCAUGGUGUACCGCAGCGGCGAGUCCUUCCAGCGCAGCUGCAAGUACCAGUGCACCUGCCUGGACGGGGCGGUGGGCUGCGUGCCCCUCUGCAGCAUGGACGUGCGCCUGCCCAGCCCCGACUGCCCCUACCCGCGGAGGGUGAAACUCCCCGGCAAGUGCUGCGAGGAGUGGGUGUGCGACGAGGCCAAGGAGCAGACUGCUGUGGGACCUGCGCUCGCUGCUUACAGGCUGGAAGACACUUACGGUCCAGACCCAACGAUGAUGCGCGCCAACUGCCUGGUGCAGACCACUGAGUGGAGCGCUUGCUCCAAGACCUGCGGCAUGGGCAUCUCCACCAGGGUCACCAACGAUAACGCUUUCUGCCGGCUGGAGAAGCAGAGCAGACUCUGCAUGGUCAGACCUUGUGAAGCAGACCUGGAGGAGAACAUCAAGAAAGGCAAAAAGUGCAUUCGCACACCCAAAAUCUCCAAGCCCAUCAAGUUUGAGCUGUCUGGCUGUACCAGCGUGAAGACCUACAGAGCUAAGUUCUGUGGUGUCUGCACUGACGGGCGCUGCUGCACCCCCCACAAGACAGCCACCCUCCCUGUGGAGUUCAAGUGCCCUGAUGGGGAGAUCAUGAAGCGGAGAAUGAUGUUCAUCAAGACCUGCGUGUGCCACUACAACUGCCCUGGAGACAACGACAUCUUUGAGUCUCUCUACUACAGGAAGAUGUAUGGAGACAUGGCAUAAAGCCAGAAGGAGACGCUGACAAGAUUCUAAACUUGAACUGAUUUGCAUCUCAUUUUGUAAACACGAUUCAAUAGCACAAGGUAUUUAAAUCUGUUUUUAAGUUCAACAAACCUCUCCAUGUGACUUAAGACUAUUUGUCUACUGACCCCAAACGGUGGUUUGAAGAAGAAGGUAAAAUGGACAGUGGGACCACAGCAA